CGUGUGUGUGUGUGUUGCAGGAUGAGGUGGACAGCCUAAGCCCUGUUCUGAGGGACAACCCACAGCUCCAUGAAGAGGUGAAGGCCUGGCUCAAAGACCAGAAGGUUCAGGAGAUUUUUAUGCAAGGUCCCUAUUCGUUAAAUGGCUACCGUGUCCGAGUUUACAGACAGGAUUCGGCCACUCAGUGGUUCACAGGCAUCAUCACGCACCACGACCUCUUCAGCAGAAACAUGGUAGUGAUGAAUGACCAGGUACUAGAACCUCAGAACGUGGACCCGGGAAUGGUACAGAUGACCUUUCUGGACGACGUGGUCCACUCUUUGUUGAAAGGAGAAAACAUUGGCAUCACCUCCAGACGCAGAUCCCGCUCCAGCCAGAACAGUAACUCUGCCCACCAGUCGACAGGAGGGAGACCCAGCGGGACCACAGCCAACUCUCAGGGUCACUAUACCCGUGCGCAAGCCAACAGCCCCAGACCUGUCAUGAACUCAUCCAGCUCCACCCCCAAGUCCUCCUCAGGGACGGUGGCCUCCCAGCAUCAGAGCCAAUCACAGCAGGGCCAGCAGCUUUCCCAGAAUUCCCCGGGACAGCAGCGCAGCGCCCGCUCGUCCCGCAGGAAGGGCUCUGACAGCAGCGUGCCAGACGACGACAAGACACGAGACGAGCGGCCGGAGAACACCGGGAGAGACUUUAUCAAGAACAAGAGCAAGCAGCAGGCUGUGAACAAACGCAGGAAAGCGGAGGAAGAGGAGAAGAAGGCGGGCCUUAAGAGACUAAAGACAGAUGUGUCUGACCAGUCGGAGAGUAGUGACUCAGAGAUCUCCAAUAAGAGGACUGUCCACUCUUCUUCCUCCUCUUCCUCCUCCUCCUCCUCCUCCUCCUCAGAACCCAGCUCGGAGAACGAGCUGAAGGGGCGGGGCAUCGUCUCCAAGCUCAACGAGGACGAGGAGAUAAAGACCCAGGUUUCCAAACUGGGGGAGGAGCCCGCUCUCAUUGGUCGCCUGUCUCCGUGGACGGAGUCGGACGAGAAGCCGGCUCUUGUCAAAGCAGAGGUGAAAGAGGAGAGGCCGGAGGAGAGGUCUCCACGGCAACCGGCCCAGGCUGCCAUGAAGUCGGAGCCGAGCCCCCAGCAGGGCUGCAUCAUGGAGACCAAGUGCACUGUGAAAGCCUCGCCCCGCCCCCACACGCCCAAAUGCGUGAUCGACAUCACGGAGGACGCCAACGCCAACGCCCACAGAGAGAACUCAGAGGCCGUGUCGGCCCUGCUGGCCUCCCAGGAUGCCGAGCAGUACGUCCCAGAGAGCCCUCGCCACAUGGUCCUCAGCCCCAACCUCGUCAGCGAGUGUCGGAGGCCGGAGAGCGGCGAGCAGCCGCACGUCCCCCCGACCCCUCCCCCUCCUCCACGCAGCAUGCCGGCCAAGGUGGAGUUCAGCCACCUGGAGGUGAUCCGGCCGGUGGCGUCUGUGAGCGAGUCUGCAGACGUGGCCGAGAGGGAGAAGGCCGUCCAGCAGCACUACGCCUCCAUGGUCCCCUGCAUCAAGAACACUCCCGCGCCCGAGGACGCCAGCAGGAAGACGCACAAGCUCAGCGCCUCCCCCGACCUCCUCCACAAACCUAAACCCCACCCCUCCCCCGACACCAUGAAGCCCAAGCCCCACCCCCCCUCUGACAUCAUCAAGUCCAAGCCACUCAGUGUUCUGGAAGCCUCUAAACCCAAGCCCAACACCUCCCCCGAGGUGUCUAAACAUAAAGUCCGUUACCCUCCAGACAACCCGCCCACGCCCAUGAGUCGGUCUGCCCCAAAACAGGAGCCCGAUUCAGCCCCUCGCUCCAGCUUUAAGCCGGUACCAGCUCGGGGGUCGACGAUAACCACGUCCGCUGAGUCCACCACCAAGAGCCCCUUGAUUAUCGACAAGAACGAACAUUUCACCGUGUACCGGGACCCGGCGCUGGUCCGCCCGGACGCCGAGACCGCCUCGAACCACGUGGCGUACCUCCACCCACACCUCCACCCCCUCCACGGCUCCUCCCACGCUACCUGCCUCACCCCCGGCUCCCACCACGCCUCCCACCUCCUGCCCCCUUCCUCCAUCUCUGCCCACCAGGUCCAUCACAACCACCUCCUCUCCGGCGUGCUCCCAGGCAUGCCCCCCGGGGCCUCGCUCUUGGGGGGGCACCCCCGGCUGGACUCCAGCAGCCUCAGCCACCUGGCAUUGGCUCACUCCCACUCCCACCCUCAUUCCCACUCCCACCACCAGCACCAGCACCAGCAGCAGUACCUCCAGCAGCAGGCCCCCCCAUCGUCCUCUCUCCUGGGCCAGUCUCAUGGCACUGCUGGGACCGCCUACAACCCGCUGGGGCUGUACCCCAUCAUCUGGCAAUACCCCAAUGGUACCCACUCCUACCCCACCGCCCACAGCCUCAACCUGUCCUCCUCCAAGUGGGGGCACCCGGACAACGCUGUCAACUCUGACUCGCUCAGGAGGAACACCCCCAGUCCCUGGCUGCACCAGCCCACCCCAGUCUCCUCCAGUGACAGCAUGGGCCUAAUGAGCCAUGUACCGGUCCGACCAGCCAGCGCCGACCCGCACAGACCCAUCAAGAUCAACACCCACGCCAGCCCGCCACUCUCCAAGACCGCCUCGGACCUCCGCAAAGAGGAUCUGGACAAGAAGCAGUUUGUGGACCCGAUCAGAACCAUCACGUUGGCCCACCUGAAACAGGAGCAGGAUCGCAGGACCCCCACAGGGAAGGACGGCCACCUGCACCGCCUGUACCUGGAGGCCCACGGGAAGCACACUCGCUUGGCCCCGACCGAGCCCGCUGAGCGGGACCUCCGCGACCGGGCCAGUAAAUACAAGGAGGAGAACCGCCGCAUCCUCCAGGAGAGCAUCGAGGUGGCCCCCUACACGGCCAAGAUCAGGUCUAAUGAGACGGGCUCGGAGAGAGAUGGAGCCCCGUCGCCCUAUCCACCCAGGAUCCCCUCCCUCCCCAACCCCAACCCCACCCACAAGCCCCACACCAUCCAGUCUGACAAGGAAGGAGGGGUGGAGAUGUACAAGUUCAAGCACGCAGCGGGCCAGGCCCAGUAUAGCCUGCCCCAGAGUAACUACUUCACCACCCUGUCCAACAGCGUGGUCAACGAGCCUCCCAGACUGUACCCCUCCAAGGAGCUCAGCUCCUACUACGACAAGGUCAUCAACGCCGGGGUUGGCGGAGGAACCCAGUCAGGAGCAAAUGCUGGAGUCCUUAACCUCGGGGGCUUCAGCUCCAAGUCCCUGUCCAAGCCCCCUCCCCUGAUCAAGCACCAGCCUGAGGGUGGAGAGGGCCUGGCUGGGAAGAUCACCGAGCAGCUGUCCCAGCAGGUGGGUCUCCAGCAGCAGCAGCACCACCACCACCACCACCACCUCCUCUCCAACGCCACCUCCAUCGCCAUCAGCGACAGACGCAGCCCGGCCAUCUCGCCCUCCUCAUCCUCCUCCAACCAGCUCAGGUGCAUGCCGGCACUCCACCGCGCGCCGGUGUUCCACCCGCCCACCCAACACGCCCUCGACCGCAAGGAGGCGGCGUCCGGCGGCUACGGCGGGCGCCUGUCUCCGCCCACUCUGACGCCCAUCCAACCGGUGAGCUCUGCGUCAGGGAAGGCGUCGGAGCAGCAGAAGCCGCCCACGCUGCUCCCGGAGCUCAGAGAGGUGAAGGGCGCCAACGCCGCCGUCGACAUGACGUCUUCGGCGGAGGUGUGGCGAGGAGGAGACUUGCACGAGAGAGCGGCGGCGAUGGCCGCGGCGGCCGCAGGGGGAGGCUGGCACCACGGGGAGAAGAGCGGUGGGAAGACCCCCCAGGCUGCCAUGGCGUCCGUGAUUGUGCGCCCGUCGACGUGUAUACGGUACGACGGGUCACCGGGCUCCACCAAGGCCCCAGUCAUGGCGAAGGAGACUCUCUCUGGGAGGGGCUUCUCAGGGAAGGCCCAGACUGACUGUCUGAGACUGCCAGACGGCCGGGAUAUAGGCCCAGGGCUUGGUUCUGGUGCUGGGAGGGUCAUCCUACCCAACACCAACCUGGAGGAGGCCUGUCUACAGUACAAGAAGACCUUCCUCAGGGCAAGUCAGGGAGGCCUGCCUGGACAGCUGCUGCAUGCUGGGACUGGACCCAACUCUGUGUGCAAUAUAAGGACUGACCUGGUCAACCCAUUAGUGUCUGCGGCAGCAAGCUACGGGAUGCUCAGCAAAAGUGCUGUUGGGAUCGCGGAGCUGACCUACCCCAUGUCGGCCAUGCCCGGCCACAGGAGCGACCGGGCCGACUGCCAGGCCUACAAGAGCAGGGCCAUGCACUCAGGCGGGGAGCUGACCGAGAGUGGCUCCUCCAGGACCACCUCUCCCGGAGGCUCCCUCCCUCCCCCCAGCCCCGCCAGCUCCACCCACCCCUCCCCCACGCCCAGCUCCAGCUCCUCCCAGUCCUACUCCACCAGCUUCGUCCACCUGAAGAAGCACAAGGCUGCCUUGGCAGCCGCCCAGUCCCGGGGCGGUCGCCCAACCACCUCUGCUACUAGCGUCGGCGGCAGCACCCCAGAGAGCGACAGUCAGGCGCUGAACCACAAGUCGCACCACCACAGCUCCCCGCCACCUCCGUCUCUGGCGCAGGACUGUUCCACGCCACCGGGGGGCUCCACACCCGGCAAGGCCAGUCCCCUACCGCCUCUCUCUAACGGCCAGCCAAUGGGGCAGAUGAGCCAGCCCAACUACCACAAGCUGAAGAAGGCCUGGCUGACCAGGCACUCGGAGGAGGACAGGAACACCAACCCUGGGCGGCCUGAGAAGGCCUCCAGCAGUACCAGCAGCUGCAGUACUAGCAGCUGCAGUACCAGCAGCUGCAGUACCAGCAGCAGUGUCAUCAGCAGCAGUACCUGUACCAGCAGCAGCAGUAUCACCAGCAGCAGCGCUACGUCUGCCACCGCUGUGUCUGAGAUCAUCAAACCCUGCUCGGUCAACCUCAUCGCCUCCACGUCCAGCGACGUGGACAUGGGCAAGGAGAGUAAGGCAGCGAGCGGAGGAGGAGGAGGAGGAGGGGCGCAGGAGGACAAGAUGGCCGUCAGCAGCGGCGGAGAGGAGCGGAAGGCGAGGCGGGCCAGCAAGCGCACGUACGAGUCAGGCUCGGACAGCGGCGGGGACGACUCGGACGGCAGCGACGGCAAGAUGGAGCAGCGCGCCAAGCGGCAGCCCAAGCCCACCUACAAGAAGAAGCAGAACGACCUGCAGAAGAGGAAAGGUGACAACGAGAAGGACGAGGACGAGCUGAAGCCCAACGGCAUCUUCAGGAGCGCCAGGGAGAAGACCAAGCUCAAACUGGCCAGCAGCAAUGGUAUCCCCCGGUCAGUUCUGAAGGACUGGCGGAAGGUGAAGAAGCUGAAGCAGACGGGGGAGUCCUUCCUGCAGGACGAUUCGUGCUCGGAGAUCGGACCCAAUCUGCAGAAGUGCCGAGAGUGUCGGGUCAUCCGCAGCAAGAAGGGGGAGGAGCCAGCCCACUCCCCAGUCUUCUGUCGCUUUUACUACUUCCGCCGCCUGUCGUACAGUAAGAACGGGGUGAUCCGCAUGGACGGCUUCUCCUCGCCCGAGCAGUACGACGAGGAGGCCCUGAGCCUGUGGGCGUCGGAGGACUACGAGGAGAGCGAGCUGGACCUGGACACGGCCAAGUACAUCCUCAGCUUCAUCGGAGACAAGUUCUGUCAGAUGGUCACCACGGAGAACACCGCCGCCACCUGGAUCAAGAAAGACGCCAAGAUGGCGUGGAAGAGGGCGGUGCGAGGCGUGAGGGAGAUGUGUGAUGCAUGCGAGGCCACGCUGUUCAACAUCCACUGGGUCUGCCAGAAGUGUGGCUUCGUGGUUUGUUUGGACUGCUACAAGGCAAAGGAAAGAAAGAGUUCUAAAGACAAAGAGCUGUAUGCCUGGCUGAAGUGUGUCAAGGGACAGCCUCAUGAUCACAAGCACUUGAUGCCAACCCAGAUUAUACCAGGAACUGUGUUGACAGACCUGGUGAACGCCAUGCACUCUCUCAGGGAGAAAUACAGCAUCAAGUCCCACUGCGCCUGUGGUACCAAGCAGAACGCCAUGCUCAGCAAGCUGCCCUCCACUAACGGAGUCUCUCAGCAGGUGCUGCAGAACGUUCUGAACCACAGCAACAAGAUCUCAUUAAUCAAGGCUGAGGCACCUCAGCAGAACUCGCCCCAGAAGGUGGAGACCAACGGGGGCAGCAGCCCGGUCAGUGACGCCAGCUCGGACUGCAAGCUGACCCCCCCAGAGUCCCAGAGCCCUCUGCACUUCCUGGCUGACCUGGCCGAGCAGAAGUCCAGAGAAGAGAAGAAAGAAAACAAGAAGUCUCCCUCCCUGGGGAAGCAGCUGAAGGAGGAGCGGGAUGGAGAGGCUCUGGAGGUCCUGCAGCACUGCAAGGCUCCGCCCCUGGUGGCCAACAGCAGCGAGCAGGGCUCCACCCUGAGGGACCUGCUCACCACCACCGCCGGCAAGCUGCGCCUGGGCUCCACCGACGCCGGCAUCGCCUUCGCCCCCGUCUACUCCACCGCCUCACAGACGGUGAAAGGGGGGCGGAGCAUGCCCAACAUCCUGGAUGACAUCAUAGCGUCGGUGGUGGAGAACAAGAUCCCGGCCGGUCGCGGCGCCAAACUGAGCAUCAAGCUUGAGAGCGCCCCAGCUGUGGAGGAGGCCAAGGUCGACAGGAAGAAGCCGCCUGCGGUGACCAUGGCAACAGAGGAACCGGCCAAUCAGCACCCAAACAUUCCCCACUGCUGGCUGUACGAGCGGCGCAUGCUCUGGCUCAAAGACCACCGGAACGGAGGCAACUGGCGGCUGUUUAGAGAGUGCUGGCGACAGGGGCAGCCGGUCCUGGUGUCUGGGGUCCACAGACGUCUGAACGCCAGCCUCUGGAAGGCCGAGUCCUUCAACCAGGAGUUUGCCGACCACCAGGGAGACCUGCUCAACUGCAAGGACGGCGUGGUCACCAACUCUGGCAUCAAGGAGUUCUGGGACGGCUUCGAGGAUCUGACCAAGCGCCCCAAGUCCAAGGAUGGAGACAGCAUGGUGUAUCGUCUGAAGGACUGGCCUUCUGGAGAGGAGUUCAUGGCCCUCAUGCCCUCCAGGUAUGACGACCUCAUGAAGAACCUGCCCCUGCCGGAGUACUCGGACCCUGAGGGCCACCUCAACCUGGCCUCUCACCUGCCCAGCUUCUUCGUCAGGCCCGACCUGGGGCCCCGUCUCUGCUGCGCCUACGGUGUGGCAGCCUCGCAGGAGCAGGACUUUGGCACUGCCAACCUCCACAUGGAGGUCUCCGACAUCGUCUCCGUCCUCGUCUACGUGGGCAUCGCCAAGGGCAACGGGGUCCUCUCUAAGACUGGAGUGUUGAAGAGGCUGGAGGAGGAGGACUUGGAUGACAAUGUGAAGAGGAGAUUAAAGGACUCGAGCGAGGCUCCCGGAGCGCUGUGGCACAUCUACAGCAACAAAGAUGUGGACAAAAUUAAAGAGUUUCUACACAAGGUGUCUAAGGAGCAGGGGGUGGAGGUGCCGGCUGACCAUGAUCCAAUCAGGGAGCCCGGCUGGUACCUGAGCAGGAAGCUGCGGCAGCGUCUGCUGGAGGAGCAUGGGGUCCAGGGCUGGACUGUGGUGCAGUUCCUAGGAGACUCUGUCCUCAUCCCCGCUGGCGCCAUGCACCAGAUCCAGAACCUCCACAGUUGUGUCCAGGUGAUUAAUGACUUUGUGUCUCCGGAGCACGUGGCCCAGUCCUUCCAUCUCACCCAGGAGCUCAGGGCCUGCAAGGAGGACGUCAACUACGAAGACAAACUACAGGUGAAGAACAUCUUGUUCCACUGUGUGAAGGACGCGGUGGGCGCCCUGAGGAGGUGCUCUGCCGAGGACGACGAGGAGGAGGAAGAGCACUCGUGACCCUUCCUCUUCCCGUUCCACCCAGCGGCAGAAGCGCCACUGCGGCUCACGCCUCAGGCCCGGCGCCCCUGCUCACGUGACCUGGGACCCUACAGUGACCUUUCACCUCUCUGUAUGCACAGACACUAAGAAGCCCCUCAUACCCUCAACCUCCAGUGCCAAGCAGACUAAAUCGACAACAUCAAGGGUAUUUAUGUUAUUGACCAUAGCAGUAUGGCCCUGCCCUGGCUCUGGCCAGGCCCCGUCGGGCCCACAGCACGGCCAUCAGGAUGUACCUGGGAUUCAUUUGAAAAAGAAACUGAAAAAGAGAAGUGUGAAGAUAUAGAUGAAUCUGCAGCAGACCGAAUGCACUGCUGGUCCUCCUAUCAAAGUAUUUGUUUGUUACAGUUUGUUAUUUGGUUAUGUUCGGUUUGUUGUCCCAUUGUUUGUCGGUUCAUUCGUUCGUUGUUUUUCUUUUCUUUUAAUGCUGUAUAUUGUUUCUGUGAUGUAUUUAUUUUAUAGGAGUUUCAUGCAAUGUUCAUGUUCUUCUAGAUCAAAACCAUGUCAAUGUGUGUACAGAUUUCUGUUUCUGUUGCUAUAUCACUUGUGAUAAACCGCUCACUUCAUUGAGACAGAUACUGUGACUGAGGACUAACACACACACACACACACACACAUACACACACACACACACAUACAUUCUCUCCCACACACUCACAGACACAUACACCAGCUAUUGCCUGUACUUUGGGAAUUGUUGCUGAAUUGCAGUCCUCAUGCCAUAUAUUUUGAAAAUCAACUGCCAAACUAUUGUAUACAGUGUAAAGUUGUAUUAUGUAAAGAAAGGAUAAAUGGAUAACACACUUCAGCAAUUUUAUUAAGAAGUAUUCACUGUAAAAUUCAGACAUUUACAAGAAAGUUGUAAUUUAUUUAAGAAAAUUGUCUCGAUUUAUUUCUCCUUUUUUGUUAAAGAUUUACUAUUGUGAACUUUUGAAAGUUAAAUGGAAAAAGGAUGAAAAACUUACUAUACUGUGUAAAUAUAUACAUAUAUACAUUCACUGAUGUAUUUUUUUAAAACAUGGCUUGCUUCAAUUUCAAAUUUUAAAGUGCAAGUGUUACAUGCUUUGUACAUUGAAGUUCAAAAGGGUUUUACAUUUUCCAUUAAAAUGGAUUUAUCAAAGUGUGUCUGUGUCAUUUUA